GCGCCCUUCCACUACCGGGAGUGACUUGAGGAUUGCCGGUCGGUGGUUGCCUUGGCAACGCUAUCCCUCUCCCCCUAAUUUUAGAUUAAGUUAGAGUCCAAUGGCACUUUAAGACCAACUAAGUGUUAUUCAGGGUGUGAGCUUUCAAGCUACUCUUUGAAUUUUUUUUGCCGUUUCCCUCCUUUCCUCCUAUUGGCUAGUGAGCGGAACUAUCCCGCCCCAUCAAAGAAAAUGCUGGAGUUGGCGGAAGCGAUGUAAAGUACGGGCAGAAACGGAAUGCUAGAUUAUACUCGGGCCUGAUUGGUUAAACAAGGCGGAACCCUUAGUAGAGAGGGAUGUGACGUACACCAUAGGCGGAAAUGGGGUGACUGGUGGUUCUCUUUCAUUCGCGGCGUCUUUGUAAAUAGGAUGGAGGCGUCCGUAGUUCUCAGCGCGGAGUCUUUGCGGGAACGGCUGUUGCAGGGCCUGGAAGCCGAGCAUGUGGAGGUGGAAGACACAACCCCCGGACGCUGUGCCACAAGCUUCAAAGUUUUGGUAGUUUCCCCACAGUUCCAGGGGAAACCACUGCUCCAGCGGCACCGGCUGGUCAAUGAAGUCUUAGCAGAAGAGCUGAAACACAUUCAUGCCUUUGAACAGCGAACUCUGACGCCAGAACAGUGGGCCAAAGAGCAAGAAGCCAAGUGAGAGCUGCACCCUCCUUGGACAGGAAGACCAGAAUAUCUCCUUAAGAGGAGGGAAAGACAGCAGUGGGAGAAAUGUCUGAUGCAGAUGAGGGACCCGUCCAGAGCACUUAGCCCACCCCCCUGGGGUGGGAGUGUUAGAAGGACUUGAAAGAGAGCAUGCAGCAGCAAAUAAAAAUGGUUUCCUGAGUA